AUGGACAGACUGAUAAGGCUAGAGCCAUCAAGCAGAGUGGUAAUGAGGGUGGAGGAAGGGCAAAAGUGCGAGGGAAAAAUCACGUUACGCAACGUGAUGCACACAAUGCCAGUGGCCUUCAGGCUCCAACCCCUCAACAAAACACGUUACACGGUGAAGCCCCAAACAGGGAUCAUAUCCCCACUUGCCACACUCACCAUUCACAUCACCUGCCACCACCUCCCACCCUCCACUCUCCCCCUCUCCCCCGACUCCUUCCUCCUCCACAGCGCCCUCGCCCCCGGCGCCGCCAUCACCCACCCCUCCUCCAUGCUCGACGCCCUCCCCGCCGACUGGUUCCGCAAGAAGCAACUCUUCACCGACUCCGCCCUCAAACUCAUCUUCGUUGGCUCCCACAUCGCUGCCCACCUCGUGGCGCACGCCGCAAUGGACGAUAUAAGACACGUGCUCGAGAACAGUGACCCCUCGUGGAGGCUCGUUGACUCCGCCGACCCACAGGGCCAAACGCUGCUCCACCUUGCCGUUUCGCAAGGGAGAGCUGACCUCGUUCAGUUGCUCUUGGAAUUCGGGCCUCGUGUUGAUGCUCCCGACCGCUGUGGCUCCACGCCGCUCGAGGCUGCUGCUUCCUGCAACGAGGGCCUCAUUGUUGAGCUUCUUUUGGCCCACCGAGCCCAGACGGAACGGUCCGAGUCGUCCGUGUUUGGCCCGAUUCAUCAUGCUGCCAGAGGAGGACACGUGGAGGUUCUCAGACUCCUCUUGCUCAAAGGUGCCAGCGUGGAUUCGCUCACCAAAGAUGGCAGCACAGCUUUGCACCUUGCGGUUGAAGAGCAAAGGAGAGACUGUGUUAGACUCCUUCUGGCCAACCAUGCCAGAACAGAUGUUAAAAAUGCAAGAGAAGGUGACACCCCUUUGCACGUGGCUUCAGCAAUAGGGGACGAGAGCAUGGUGAACCUCUUGCUGCAAAAGGGUGGUGCCAGCAAGUACGUGAGAAACGGGCACGGGAAAACCGCGUACGAGGUUGCAGUGGAAAACGGGCACGCGCGGCUCUUCGAUGUCCUACGUUUGGGGGACAAACUGUGCGUGGCAGCAAGGAAAGGCGAAGUGAGGAGCAUCCAGAAGCUUCUAGAUAAAGGCGCGGGAAUGAACGGGAGGGACCAAAACGGUUGGACGGCGUUGCACAGAGCUUCGUUCAAAGGGAGAGUGGAAGCGGUUAGGGCUCUUGUGGAGAGAGGGGUGGACGUGGACGCGAAGGACGAGGAAGGGUACACGGCGUUGCAUUGUGCUGCUGAGUCGGGGCACGUUGAUGUGACGGAGUUUUUGGUCAAGAAAGGUGCUCGUGUUGAGGCUAGGACUAGGAAGGGUGUGAGUGCGUUGCAAAUAGCUGAGUCGUUGCACUAUGUGGGGAUCACGAGAGUUCUUGUUAAUGGUGGGGCUAGUAGGGAACAUUCUAAUGUGGCAGCACUCGGUGCAAUUGAUUUUGGGAAUAAAAUGGAACUUGGGGAUGGGGGUGGCAUGAAGAUGAAGAAGACGAGAGGUGGUCGUAGAGGUAGGGUGCUGAAUGGAGGUGGCUUUAGUCGUUCAUUGGCUUUGGCUGUGCUGUAACCACAAAAAUACGAUGCUAGUUAAUGGUACAUUUGAAUGAUGAGAAGAAAUUGAGACCAGUUUUGGGUUUUCGCUCUGAUUUUAGUUUUCAUGAUGGAAUUGUAAAUUUAUGCAAGAAUGUUCUUUCUAAUAUAUAUAUAUAUGCUGAUUGUUAAUUGUA